AUGCGCCCAGACACCACGCCCACCGCUCAACCGCUGUUGGCGAUCACUCAGAUGGCGGACGUCGCCAACCACACCCGGGUCGUGCCAGUCCCCGUGCUGGCCAUGGCUGCCGGCGAAUCCGGCGAGCUCCUGCGCCUUUCCAAGAUGAGCGAGACGAAAUGGCAAUGGGGCGAAAAUGAGAGUCCGACGCUACGGGUGUUCAGCAUCGACCAGCACGACAGAGAAGAGACGGUGUUGUGGUCAAGUGACGGAGCUCCGAUCUUGCAGAUCAAGGCUGCGCUAAGCUUGGUACGAUUUGAGCCUACAAGAUGGUUGCUAGUGCAGAAACGGACAUCAACCACGAUUCUCCAGCCGGAAUACCACAAGGUGCCAGUUUCAGAACGCCCGUCCGGGAUUGACAAGGCUACGGAACGCCCAUCCCGAAUCAACCCAAAACCCAUCCUUGCCAUUACCUCGGAGCAAACUGGCGGUUUCGCACAUUCUGAUGUGUCUUUCAGCUAUGGGUCUCGGAAAAACCCACCCCAACUGGCCAUUGUGGACGAGUGUGGCUACUACAGUGUCUGGGACAUCAAGGGCCGAGGCGUUCUGGGAUCUGUUAGUAUGCGGCCCAAACUCCGGCAUUGCGGUCACAUUCAGCUAGGCGCCACGGAGCAGCUCCCCGAUGAGGACUCGCCGGCCUUCCGCACAGAGCCUCACGGAGUGCUGUGGGUCGGCUCAUCGGGCCCCGGUGUUGAUCUAUGGGACGUGCCAACCGCCGAAGAUCCUGAUACGGGAAACGACCUAGCUGCCUUGACGGCGCGGUCCAAGAAACUCUUGCUGUGGAACCGCACGAAGUUUGAGGUUAUUGAUGUGAAGAACCCAUCUUUCCGCAAGAGCUUGACGGUUCUCAAGUCGGAUGAACCAGACUACAUCCUCGACGUGAAAUCAAACCCAGUGAGCCGAAGCCAAGUAUUCAUACUCACAAGCUCGUGUCUAUUUUGGAUUGAGACGUCCUCACCGGGGACAGCCACCGUUAAGCAGGGCAGUCUCACCAUCCUGCAAUCCUUUGCGCAUAUGAGGGUUUCAGAUGCCGACACCUUGAGGCUAUCCGUACAUCACGACGGCAAUGGGUCGGGAGAUGAGGCGUGCGCACUGUAUCUCUACUCCGAGAAGUCGCCAGAAGUCGAAGUGUACUGGUUUUCCAUCCCUGAAGCAACGAGGUUACCGCAAUUUGAGCACCACGUGGUGAGGCUCGAUAACAACCCAUCAAAGUUGCAAGCCAUGUGUCCUGUACCAGCGUUCUUGAACAGCACCUCAUCCGCAGCCUCCAAGGGGCCAGGGGCAGAUUACAUGAACCAACAGGUCAAGUUUCAACAACUCUUCGUCCUCGGAAGAGACCUCAGCCUCAGUCAAAGCCUCCUCGCUAUCUCAGCAAGCCCAGUCCUCGAAGUCGUCCCGCCGGACAAUAGUCGCGAAUGGUCAAGAGACGGACAGGGACAGGCGCAAAACAAGAGGCGAAGGGAAUUUUUGCAGCAUUUUGAGGACACUUUUGUGGUGCCUGACGGUCUGGGAGAUCUGGAUGAGUUGGUACAGCGUCGCACCAAUCGGUACCAGGAGCUCAUGGAUAUCGAGCUAGAAGGGAGUGGCCAGCGGAUACAACAGCGGUGGCCUCGACCCCAGAACUUCGAUCUCUUCAUGUCCCGUAUUAGAAUCUCCAUCGAAUCGGUCGUCAUGGCCUCAGAGCACACCAAUAUUGAGGGACCAUUGUCUGUCUUUGACGCCAUCCAAGAGGCGGUCGUCAACUGUCUAGAGACCGAGGGCGGCUACAUCCCAUUACACACUUUGCACGAGUACGAAACCACGUUCGAGGCACCGCCCCUAACCCGCGAGGCUGUUGCCGCGUGGGACUCUCGCUUCCAGGAACUACUGGGCGCCCAAACCGAACGUAUCAUUGCUCGACCCAUUACCAAGCAGCAUCUUCGCCAUGGCGAGACGGUCUCUCCAUUGGCGGAUAUCCGCGACCAGCUCGAGGAGCUGUGGAGUCCGGCGGACCUCCCGGUGAGAGCACAACAAUCACGCAAUGUCGUCCUGGCCGAGACGGCCGAGGCUAUUGCCCGAUCCCUCUUCGGUGUUGCGAUUCUUGACGCUAAUCUUCCCACCCCAGAGGCUGGGCCUCCUACCUGGGUGCCUGAACCACCUCCCCAGCCAAGCAGCCAACAGUCAAGCCAGCGCUCGAGCCAGCGGUUCUCGCUGUCGCCGGCCAAGCGAGGCCAACUAUCGUCGAGUCAACGACUCUCGCUUUCGCCAACCAAGCUGAGCCAGCCCCUCAGCCAACGAAUCUCGCUCUCUCCCACCAAACGCGGUCAAGCUCUCGGCCAGCGUCUCUCCUUCUCACCCACCAAGGGCGCCCGCUCUCAAUCCCCCUACAUCCCCUUCUCCUCGAUCCCCUUCCCCUUCCCCUCUUCGGGUCCCUUCUCCCAAUCCUCUGCCGCCUCACCCACCCCCACGCCGCCGCCGCCGCCGCCGCCAUCCACCGCCCUCCAGCGCCUCAGUAUGCUCGCCGAAGACCUUAAUACCGCGAACGCACCCGCCCGCCAACAUCCGGUGCUCUCGUACUGGCCCACGACCCGCGGCGUCGGCACCGAUGGCUACAUCUCCUCCGUCCUCGCCUCUUCAACGAAGCACAUGAACGCCAUCAACGAGCGCCGUCAGCGCGCCGAGUCCCGCCGCCGCAAGCGCAGAUCGCAGCUCUUCGGGCCCUCCGCCGCGGGCGCUUCGUCGCAACCGUACGGGACGCAGGACGAGUGGGAAGACUCCGGGCCCGCAACUGGCCCCGAAAGCGCACCGCUGCCGUCUCCGACGACGCAGCCGCUGCCCAAGCUGGCGCCCCCCAUCAUCGGCUCGAGCCAGGCGCCGCCCGUGGUGGUGCCGUCAUCGCAGACCUUCUUCUCCUCGCAGAUGCCGCAGGUCAUGUCGCAGCCCGUGCUUGGGCGAAACGCGAUGCGGUCACCGGGGAAGAAAAAAAAGAGAAAGUCCGGCUUUUGA